UGGCAAGUUCUUUAAAGCACCAUUAAAAUGACUUAAAUACAGAAGACCUAUAUCAAGCAAAGCAUAAAAGGCAUGUGAUACUAUUUUUCCCUUUUACUUAAAUAUAAAAAUAACUUAAUUUUCAUUUUAAUUAAUACAAAUAAUGAAUACAGUAAAACACUUCACUAGCCAGUGCAGCUAGGAUUUGUGAAUGUGUUGAUGGAUAAGGUAAAUUCUAAAGCAGUACUAUAAACAGCUGUUUUCCAUGACUUUUAGAUAGGAAUAUAAAAAUAUAGGACUUUUAUAUAGGAAUAUAAAAAUAAAAAUGCAAGAGGAACAGCUUUUGCUGAAUUUUGCAGUUUUUGCAAAAAAGCUAGUUAUUUUAAAUAAAUGAGUUGAGAACUAAGUGAACAUGUCAGCAACUGAGUUAACCACAUCUAGCACAGCUGUGAAAUCUCAAAAAGAAGAAACUUUCCUAUAGAGUUCACUAAAAUAUCUUUAAGAAAUCAGCAAAGUAAAAAGUAUAGAGCUUGGUCAGACGGCAAAGGAUGGAAAAUGCACACAGUGUUUUUAUUUAAACCAGCUGGCAAAAGAAACAAACCCAAAUCACUCAGCAAAGGUCAAGAAGAGCACAUUAUACAAAACAUAGUAUCUGUAGUAUAAGAUUCGGGCAAAAAUCCGAAACAACAAACAUGAAUAUAUGGUUUUGUAUGUCAGGUGAACAGUCAGAACCAAAUAAAUAAUUUGUAAAGUGAAGAUGUCAUGAAGGCACUCUAUUUCUCUGAAGGUGAUCCAGGUGUGUGCAAACUGAAAUCCAAAAGGUUUAUGUUUGUAUCUUAAAAUUUCUGCUUUUCUUUUUACAGAAUUUUCUCCAACAAGUGCUUGACAAACAUUCAGAAAGUCUAAUGCAGCUGUAAAAUAAUUCAUGAGCUGCAUCAGCAAAUCUGUAAGAGUCAGACCACCAAGUGUGAAUCACUUGAACUGAACACUGAAGUGUGGCAGGCCAUGCAUUUUUUUGGAUAAAAUAUUCCUUUCUUCUCAUCUCUUUUGUUUCUGUCUCAUUAGCAUUUUCAGAAUGGUUUCCAUUUGGAAUCAUGCUUUUAUUAUGAAUUCUUUUCUAUUCCUGAACAUUGAACUGUGUAUUUGCACUUGUGCACAAGCUGAAUAUGAGAUAAAUGGAGAAUGGUGUCCCAUGUGUCCAUCUGGAAGCCAUGUUUUUAGACAUUGCACUGAAGUCACCAGCACAUGUAUACAGUGUGUUUGCUCAUCUUACAUGGAUGACCCCAGGGGCCUUCCAAGCUGCAUUAGCUGUACAGUGUGCAAUACUAGUAAGUCUUUCCUUUGCAGCAAAUCUAUAUUCAUGUAAUACAAUAUUGAUUAAGGGUAUUAGAUGUUCUGUAUGGUGUUAUUACUCAAUUAUUAUUGUUGUUGUUUUACAGAACAGUUAUUAAGAGUAAAAACCUCCUGUACAUAGAUUUCAGAUACUGUUUGUGAGCCACUGGAGGGAUUUUACCGUACUGAUGGAUAUAGGCGCAGCUGCAGAUAUGCUGUGGAACACAGAACAUGCAGCCCUAGACAAUACAUAAAACAGAAAGGCUGGUGUUAUGCAUUUCUAUUAUACCAUAAACUUUUCCAGUAGCUCUUUAGCAAUCUGUAAAUCACUGGGUUGCAGGAGCUUGGAUGAUUUACAUUGUGUCAGUAACUGGGAACAAUGCAAAAAAGCAAAGAAACUCCAAAACAUUGUAAUAAAUGUGGGUUGAAUGUAGUCUUCCUUCUAAAAGAUUCCUCCAAAUGGUUUGUUGUUAAGUAUCAAAGUAAAAAAUGUCAUGUUUUCUAAAUAAAAUAUAAGCAACUGUUGCUAUCCAGUAAGAUAAAAGAUAUAACUUUGUCUAAAUCUAUGGCUAAGAUGGAGGAGUCUUUUUAUUUAGUUUUUUAGUCUAAUUAUACAUACAUACAUACAUACAUACAUACAUACAUACAGUACAUCCUUAAGUGGGGAGAAAACUUGAUUAAUAAUGGGCAAACACAAAGAAGAAGGAACUAUGACAGUGUUUGUAUUAAUCUUUUUUUAUUUUUUUUUUAAAGACAAUGACUAUCAGCAGUUUAAAGAACAUCUGUAAUUUCUAGUAUAUUUUAAUAAUUUGUGAUAUUUUCCUCCCAAAACAUGAAUGUAAUCUUGAGUGUAGGGUAGAUGUUUCAUCAUCUUCUCUUCUUGGGUCAGUAUGUUAGGUUUACUCUUUUCCUAGAGCUACUGAUAGUAUAAUAUGUCUGUAGUAUGUUUAAAAUACCUAAUACUUGAUGAUGAUGAUUAUUAUCAUUAAUACUAUUUAUUAAUUUAUUUAGUUAUUAUUAUUUAACCAUUUUAGGUUUUCUUCUUAAUAGGUAUGUAUGGCUUUAAUCACACUAGUCCUGUGGCUUCUCUAGUUGAAAGUGACUGAAAAACACUGUUGUGUCCCACAGGAGCAUGAGAUCAUAAGAUCAUAUAUAUGGUGUAAUGUGAAUAUGUGAGCUCAGGGAAGACAAGGCUGUAUGUCCCCCUGGUGGUCCAGUGGCAGGAUCCUGCACUCUCAUUGCCAUGGCCCAGGUUCAAUUCCCAGGCAGGGUGCCAACCCAGCCACUAAAAAGUUAACUCUCAGUGCCAAAUCAUGCAGAUCAAAUGAUCUGCUACAAAACAGCAGACCCUGCCAUUGUGCGGGACAAACAAUAAGAUUAAAAAAAAGGGAAGACGAGGAUGUUUGUAGUAGUGAUCCUGAAUAAUGUGAUUUGAAUCCUAUUUGAAAAAUAUUCAGGUUUUCAUCAGGUGGAGACAGAGAGCAAGGGUUUUGACCUGUCUCAGUCACAUAAAGGUUAUUCUUGCAAAUACUGUUGAUUUUUGGUUUUGAUUUCGAUUUGAACCAAGCCUAUGCUUAUUUAAUUUACAGUCUAUCACCAUACACGGGAGAGAGUCUGAGGGCUGUAAAGCAUGCAGUAGCCUGCUGGAAGUUCAAACAAUCCCCUGACACUUGAAAGAUGUGUAAAUAUUUAUGUGUGUGUGGGAGAUAUGUAGAAUCAGAUAUUUAUUAUUAAUAAGAUCAAACAACAAUAAAACAUAAAACCUGUAAACAUUUGUCAAUGACAAAUGCUCUGAUAGGCUUAGAGUAUGUAACUAUAUCUACUUAGGAAGCAUUAUCAUACAAAUCCAAUGAAAUGAGCAUAAGUGUGGUUUUCUGAAGUUUUUUCAAUAUGCAGCACUUUCACAAUUUUAACCUUAAGUGAGACAAUCUUAUGAUUCCAAUCAUUUGAGGUUUAUCAAAAUUAGUGGGCAUAAUAAAGGAAGUGGAACAAACAGGAAAUCUUUGAGAGAUUGAUAGUGAAUACUGAAUAACAAUUUAUUUGUUUGUGCUAUGUACGAAAGACAGACAUGGUCUGAGAUCAAAAAGAUGGAUAUAAGACGAGCGGUUAAGUUUCAGCUUUUGUAUUACAAUCUAAAUGUGUUGAACAGCAUAAAAGCUAUACCCUUUUGUAUCAGACCACCCAAUGUUUAGGUGAGCAGAAGUAUAGGAACAGAUAAAGUAAAUAGCACUUAAUAUUUGGUUGUAUAUCACAAUAGUGCCUUACAAU